AUGGGUAGCUGUAAUUUUGAACUUACAACUGAGAAAGUCUUCAGCAAGAAACCAUCAUUCUCUACAGAUACUUAUAAAUUACAACUUGAAGAUGCUGACUGUGAGACCAAAAAAACAAGGGAAAAUGAUUCUAGUGAUGAUGAUCAUGAUAAUUAUAGUGAUAUUACAUCAAAUCUGGAUUAUAUUAACACAAGUAGUGAUGAUAUUGAUGACUGCACAUCUGAAGAUGCAAUUGAUGAAGCUAGUGAUAUUACAUCUGUUCCUACAAGCAGCCAAUCAGUCAAAAUCGUUAAACAAGUUCCUGAACCAAAUGAUAUUUCUCAAACGCUAGAUGAUGGACCAAAACAGCCAAGAUUGGUAUGUUACCCUAAAACCAAAUUUGGUUUCAAAAAUUGGAAAAAUGCAUUAGAUCAAAAUUCUGGUUUAAGGAAACACAAUAAUAGUGAAGAACACAUGAUUUCAAACACUAUGUGGAUGUCCUACUUAGACAUGAAAAAAUUAGGUAAUUUGUCUGUGGCAUCAUUGAUAAAUGAAGGUCAUAAGAAAUUAGUUUUAGAAAAUCAAAAUUAUAUCAAGAUGAUUGGGAGAACUUUGUUGUACACCGCUAUUCAAGGCAUAGCACAGAAGGUGACAAUGAAGAAGAAAGUUGUGCUAACCGUGUGUCAGUAUUUUUCUAUAAUUGUUGACGAAACAAAAGAUAUUACUAAAGUGGAACAGUUAUCAGUUAUAUUAAGAUAUUACUUUGAUGGUAUAGUAUAUGAACGUUUUAUGGGGUUUAAAGCUGCUCAAUCAUUGACCGCUAGUUCUCUCUUUCAAUAUAUUAAAAAAAUACUUUCUGUUCAUAAUGUUGAUAUACUGAAAUGUGUUGCUCAAACCUGCGAUAGUGCCAGUGUCAUGAGUGGAAAGAAUAAUGGGAUACAAGCAUUAUUUCGUCAAGAAGUACCUCAGGCUAUAUAUGUACACUGUUACAAUCAUAGGCUUAAUCUUGUAAUUUCUGACGUUUGCAAAAAUAUUCCAACUGUGAAAAUGUUUUUUGAUAUUGUAGAAAAUUUAUAUGUAUUUGUAUCUGAUUCUGCUAUACAUUCAAAGUUUAUGGAAAUUCAAACAAUUAUGAAGUACAGACCUGCUGUUGAACUUAAAAGGAUAUGUUUGACAAGAUGGACAGCGCAAGUCUUUGCUUGCUUAGCAUUAAAAAAAGGUCUUAGUCCACUGCUAGUUUUAUUAAAUAAAUUGAUAUUUGAGAAAGGUGACCGUGCAGCUGAGUCAAAGGGCUUACUACAUUUAACAGAUUUUGACAUUGUAUUUAAUUUAAUUAUCUUUUGUGAUAUUCUUCAAACUCUAAAAACAACAAGUGAUUAUUUGCAAAAUGUAAAAGCUGAAAUGGUUGAAUCUUUAGUACUUAUUUCAUCAAUUAUAACUACUUUUAAAGCCAUGAGAACUGAUGAAACCGAGAACAAUAAUUCCAAUUUUAAUCAAAUGUACAUAGAGGCUAUAAAUAUUUGUAAAGAAAAUAACAUAUCGAUACCAAAUGAACAUAGUAAAAAAAAAGAACAAAAAAAGUCCCCGAAAAAUUUACUGAGAACAGUUCUUUAG